AUGGCAACGGCGUCACUGAAAUCCAGCUCAGAGUGGAACAUGUUGCCUCUGUUGGCUCUGUUGGAUCUCUUGUACUGUAGCCAGUGUUUAGGUAUUGCCAACCAGCUAAAGCCUUAUGGAGGGCAUGGUCUUGUUUUCGGAAAGUAUGGAGAAUACCUACCUGAAUGUGGGCCAGGAGAAUACUUAAAUUUAUGCGGUGAAUGCGUAUCUGGAAAGACAGAAAAGGAAGAUGGAUAUGGGAAGGAUUCUUGUGGAAUAUGUGGUGGUCUGGAGACAUGCAAGGUGCAGUGUUCAGAUCCCAUGGAUAUUCUUGAUGAAGAGGAAGAAUCGAAUGGUUGCCUCAAGUUUAUAUCCAUGUCACCAAAUGUACUGGACAUUGCCGAAUCUGCUAGUGGUUCAGUCUGUAUUUUCGGUGACGGCAUCAACAAGGAGACAGUUGUGGAUUGCAAUCUUAGCAAGGACGACGAAAGCGUUAUACCAAUGAAGACCCAAGUAUUGGAGGACAAAAUUGAGUUGACAUUUCCUUUGCCAAAUAAAGAGGGUAAUUACGAUUUACAUUGCAACACUUCUUCAGGCGCAGAGUUUAAGGAGACAUUAAUAGUUGUAAACACAAACAACCUACUGCCAACAGCUGUCGAUAGUUCAACUCUUACAACUUGGAAAGAAAAUAAGAUGACGCUAACCGUAAGCAAGAUGUCUGGUCCAGUGGACGUGCUCUGCUUCGCUAGGACCUCCUCUGGCAGCCUGCUCUUCAGCGAGUGGACAUCAGAGGUGGAAGGGAACAGCCUAUCUUCGAAGGUGAAGUGUCCUCCUUUCGUUCCUGUGGAACCUCAACAAUUGGAAUUCGGUGUGGCCUAUAGUAUGGAAGGGAUAAACACUGCUAAAACGAUAAAAGUUAUGGCUACUGCAGAAGCUCCGAGGCCAGUCAGUGCAAUAUUUACAACGGAUGGGUCUAAAAUCAUAGUCAAGUUUGAUCAAAACUUGGAAGAAGGAACAGAAGAUUGUUCAAAUUUAUUCAUCUCUGAAACAGUGCUGCUUAUUGGCAAUGCAUCUUUUUGCAAAAUCACAGUCAACGAGGUUCAUGUGUUCAUGAGGACAACUUUAUUGAAACCUAUCACCAAUGUUGAAUUCAAAGAAGGUGCAGUAAAGACUAGAUUCUCUGAAUCAGGAGGAGGUGGAAGCGUGGAAGUUAUCUCUGUGGACACAGUGAAGGAUGGUGAGCUUACAGACAAUAAGGUAGAGUGUAAGAAAGGACUGAAGUUGCAGGCAGCGACAACCCCCAUGCAGACAGCGACUACUCCCAUGCAGGCAGUGCCAACUCCUAAGUCAGCUAACUUCAACAGGAGCGAUAUUUCGACCGGCCAAAGGCAGAGGCUGAACCUCAUGGCUUGGAGGUCUGCACGGGCGUCCACUUCCGCUCCAAAGGCUCGUUCCAAUGCCACCGAGGUCAGUAGUCGAACUCACAAUCCAAUCGAUUUAGAUGAUUCAAAAGUAUCGAUAGCAGAGUUCAUGUAU